CUUGGAAAAUGUGCGGUGUCAGUCGCGUUUACUUCACGCCCCGCUGCUGUGGAUCGGUGCUGAGCAGGAGUGGCAUCACGGCGACAAAAUCUGGAUGAAAGAGCGUCCUUUAGAGCUCAGGCAUGCAUCGAGUAGUGAGAUCAUUGGCGUUAUAAAUAUCCCCGUGCCAGCAGAACAACUCCAGCUACUGCAGCCGGGGUAAUGCCCAGGAGCGCUGCAUGCGUGUGUGCGCACGGUUUGUGGUGGCCAAACCUCAGGAGCGACACCAACAAUGCUAGAAGUGGCUUAGCGGGUGUCUUCUUUUUGGAAGAAUGAAUGUUCCUCUUUACCUUCUGACCGUCGCUCACUUGAUUUGCGCCGCCGCCGGAGCAGAGCACGUUUCUUUGGAGCGCCAACUUCUGGAGGAGGGGAUCCGCUCUGGACGCAGGACUUGCAGGCUCUACUGUAGGGUUGGCAUCGGCUUCCAUCUCCAGAUUCAUCCCGACGGCAGAGUCAACGGCAGCCAUGAGCCCAACCAGCUGAGUGUCCUGGAGCUCUUUGCAGUUUCUCAGGGGGUCAUCGGUAUCAAAGGGGUCUACAGUAACAGAUUCCUGGCCAUGAAUAAAAGAGGACGGCUCUACGCCACUGAGUGGUUCACAGAGGACUGUAAGUUCAGGGAACGUUUCCAGGAGAACAGCUACAACACUUACGCCUCAGUAAUCUACAGGAACCACAGGACUGGUCGCGAGUGGUUCGUGGCCCUCAAUAAGAGAGGGAAAGCUAAAAUGGGCUCCAGCCCACGGGUCAAAUCCCAGCAUGUCUCCACUCACUUCUUGCCCAGGGUCAGCCUGCACGACAACAGCGAGCGAGGCUUCACCAUCACAGACAGGAGCAAAGAGAGGAGGAAAACCCCCCCGCCUCCACCGCCCAAACCUCCUCUGGCGAAGGCAGUCCAUGCAGGAACAGCAGCGAGACGUACGCAAGUCAAGUACUGGCCCAAGUACCGGUUUGGAUAGAUGUCAUAUAGGGUUUAGCUGUAUCUGAAGGAUACAAGGCUCAUAGACGUUGGACAUACAGUAUAAGUGAUCGACGUGCCCUAAAAAAAAAAACUGACAAUGGUCAUUUAUGACUUUCAAAGCAUUCCGUGUAUCUAUGAAGUGUGUGAAAAACCUCAAAGGGCUGUCAGGGACAACUGUUGAGCUUCUCUCUGCUGGAGCUAUAAGAUCGUAGUUAGGAGUAUCCACUUGAUUCGAUGAUGCUCUGUCCUGUUUUAUGUUAUCGUGUGUGUGUACAUGUUGAAUUUCAGCAGUGCCCUUGCUUGAGAAAAUGUUCUUUUAUAAUCAGAAAUUGAAAUGAAAUUUAUAUCUUUAUGCAUAUUCUUGGGCAGAUGUACUUGACCUUUUUUUUUGUAUAGUACAUCAAAGAUGGAAAAGUAGUCCACAUUGUUUUACUAUCUUGCUAACUGAGUGAAAAUGUUGUCAACUGACCAUAUAAUGUCCUCCAUUAUUUGUUAGUUGUUAAGGGACUGUACAAAAAUAAUUAUAGUUAUGUGUGGACUAGAAAAAGGAGAUUUAUAUAUAUAUUUUUUUUGCUUAAGUGUGACUUGCCUGAAUUUUAUGGAAUA